AUGACUGACUCUACUCUAUCGAACAAUCAUGAAAAUAAAUUCUCAUCUAUGUCUUUAUUAUCUUCAGCAAAUAAUUCCUCAAAAAUGCAACAAAAUCCUAAAAAUAUUUUACAUUCAAUAAUUUUUCGUGGAAUGAUAUUUUUUCAAAUAAUUGCUUAUGGUUCAUAUUCAGUAUUGGUUCAUUUAUGUGAAAAAGAUGGUCAAAUUACAUUUUCAUCAGCAACAAUGAAUUUUAUGAUUGAAUUUAUAAAAUUAUUCUUUUCAUUAAAUGCAUUUAUUUAUUUUCAAGAAAUUCAUUUCAAUAAAAUUCAAAUAUUAUCCUGUUUUAAAAAAUCAUUACCAUAUUCGAUACCAGCUAUUCUCUAUUUUUUAAAUAAUAAUUUAGCUGUACAUAUGCAACUUCAUAUGGAUCCAGCAUCGUAUCAAAUUUUAUCAAAUUUUAAAAUCAUUACAACAGCUAUUCUUUAUCGUUUAAUUAUUAAACAAAAAUUAACCAAACGACAAUGGUUUGCAUUAACAUUACUUUUUUUCGGUGGAUUUGCUUAUAGUUUAGGUACAUUAAAAAAUUCAUCAUUUAUUUCAAAAACAAUUGUUGAUUCAACAUUAGUAAUGAGAGAAAUGUAUAUACGUCCAUUAGGCAUACCAAUGAUAAUUAUUUAUUGUAGUAUAAGUGGUCUUGCUGGUGUCUAUAAUGAAUGGAUAUUGAAAAAAAAAUUUUACAGAAUCCCUACAUCUACAAAAUAUUUUUCUUUAUACUUAUGGUACUAUUUUUAA